AUGGUGGGAAAGGAUUUCCCAAGCAGUGAUGGUUCUGAAAAACCUGCCCAGGCUUUGCCACCCCUAUCUGCGAGCGACUUGCGUACCUACAACAGGAUGGCUGACGGGAUGGAACAGUUUCACAACCACUUUCGUUUAUCAUGGCGAGAGCUAUAUGCUGCUGUCGAAAAACGAUCUGGGAAUCUCUCAGCUCGUCAACUGAUCAGUGGACUCACGAACUUUUGUCGUCAACUGGAUUUCCACCAUUCGAUUGAGGAAAAGCACAUUUUCCCAGUGCUGGCGAAGAAGAUGCCUGAAUUCAGGAAAGAACUGGACUUGUUGAAACAACAUAAGCAGAUUCAUGCUGGUCUUGACAAUCUAGAAGCCUACCUGGAGAAAUGUCGAUCAGGAGAGGAGGACCUGCGCCGGGAAGAAGUCAAGAGACUCAUGGACAGCUUUGGGACAGUGCUGUGGAAUCACUUGGAUGAAGAGGUGGAGACGCUCAAAGCGGACAAUAUGCGUAAAUAUUGGUCUCUUGAAGAGAUGAGAAGAUUGCCCAUGUGA